AUGUUCAAAUGUCGUCAGCGAAAUUCACACCUUGCAAAGAUUCUCAUCACAAAACAAACAAAACAACUUGAUUCAGCCACAAUUGCACGAUUUCACACAAUGUCAUUAAUGUCAUCACUACCAAUUAUAUUAUCACAGAAACUACAAAAGCAACAACAGCAAUUCCACCUUCAAAAACGACAUAAAACCGAAAAAUGGCGUUACAAUCCAUCACCGGAAAGUAAACCCGGCGAUUGGCAUUGUGUAAAUUGCGGCUCCCGAAAUUUCUCGUAUCGUGUUUUUUGCGUCGCUUGUGGACUCCCGGCGAGAAAUCGAGAAGUUGCUCCGGGUGGUGAUUGGUUGUGUCCUAAAUGUCAAUUCUAUAAUUAUGCUUUUCGGCUUAUGUGUCGAAAGUGUGAUCUUCCAUCGCCGAAAUUUAGUAAACCCAGAGAUUCGAAUGUUAAAGUUGAUAUUAGACCAUUGAAAGAGUUUGACGAAAAAGAAUGA